AUGGGCAACCCCACCAGUGUGCCCCAGGCCAACAUCACUUGCCUGCACUGCGCCCAUCCGGCACCUGAGCUGAGGCUUCAGCAGGCACUGACACGUUCCUGCCCCAGAAAUCAUGGGGUCUCUCAGUCCCAGCACUCAGAAGAAGCCACAAAUCUUCGUCUGGGCCUGGGGCAGGUCAGGGCCACCAUAAAAGCCAGCCCAACUCCUUGCUCUCUCAUCCACUUCUCUCUUCUCCUUCUCCUUGGGAACCAGGUGAGUGCACUGCAGCUCAGAGACAUGUCCUGCUACAACCAGUGCCAGCCCUGCCAGCCCUGCGGCCCAACCCCACUGGCCAACAGCUGCAACGAGCCCUGUGUCAGGCAGUGCCAGAACUCCACCGUUGUCAUCCAGCCCUCCCCUGUUGUGGUGGCCCUGCCUGGUCCCAUCCUCAGCUCCUUCCCUCAGAACACCCUGGUGGGCUCCUCCACCUCUGCCGCAGUUGGCAGCAUCCUCAGCUGUGAUGGAGUGCCCAUCACCUCUGGGUGCUGUGACCUCUCUGGCAUUUCCAGCCGCUACUAUGGUAGAAGGUGCCCUCCCUGCUAAAUCCACUGGUGAUAGCCCCAAUAAGGACCCCCAGGAACCUGAAGCUGGACUGAGGACAGAGCUACUGGCCAUUGGUUUCAGAGAGGUUGAGCAUCCAGUGUUGCCCUUCUGAAGGAGAGCUGUUGAGGCUCUCUGAAAUCAUGGCCAAAUUCUGCUUCCCUGCCUUAUUCUCUCUCCCAUCUCUUUCUUGUCUUCUGUUCUUCUGGGGUAAAAGACCCACUAAGCCCAUGUGGGGCAUCUGCUGGAACAUCCUCCCUUGUGGAAAGACCCGUGGGAUCUCAACUGUGGCCAAUGGGCACAGACUUCUGGCAGCUGCUGGUCCUUCCCCUGCUCUGGUCACCUUCUCUACAAGUGAACUUGUUUCCCACUUCAGAGUCAUUAAAGUUCUCUGCAUCCUU